AUGGACACAAAGUCGAAUGAUUUGGCGAAACGAGGGGAGGAGCAUAUUGAGCAUGUCGAGCAGAGCGAUGAACCGUUGAAGUCCACGAGGCAAUAUGAUCGGUUUGGGUCGGCGAAGAAGACGGAUCCAAAGGAGAUUGCGCUAGUGAGGAAGAUAGAUAUCUACAUGAUGCCGAUUCUCUGGCUGAUGUAUUUCCUCAACUUCCUGGACCGAAAUGCGAUGGUCAAUGGAAAGCUCAACAGUUUGUCGGAGGAUCUCAAGCUGGAAGGCACGCAAUACAAUACCUGCGUUAGCAUUCUCUUUGUUGGAUAUCUCCUCGGCCAAGUCCCCUCGAACAUGCUGCUCAACCGAGUCAAACCAUCCCUCUACAUGGGCGGCUUCAUGACCGCCUGGGCCAUCGUCUCCAUCCUAAACUGCAUCGUGAAAGACUACCACGGCCUCCUCGUCUGCCGACUCAUCCUCGGCAUCGUCGAAUCCCCCUUCUACCCCGGCGCCCUCUUCAUGAUCAGCCAAUUCUACAACCGCAAAGAAGCCACCACGCGCAUGGCCAUCCUCUACACCGGCAACAUGCUCGCGAGCGCCUUUUCUGGGCUCAUCGCCGCAGGGGUCUUCGCCGGACUCGACGGCUCGCACGGCCUCGCCGGCUGGCGCUGGCUCUUCCUCAUCCAAGGCGUGAUCACGCUCGUCGUCGCGCUGGCCGCCUUCUUCCUCCUCCCCAACUCGCCCCUUCAAACCCGCUGGCUAACCCCCGACGAGCGCCAACUCGCCCACGACCGCAUCGCCCGCGACACCACGCAAAAGCAAGAAGGCACCAGCACCUGGGUCGGACUCCGGCAAGCAUGCACGGACUACCGAACAUGGAUCUUCGCGCUAAUGUGCAACCUACACCUGUCAGCCAACGGGUUCAAGAACUUCAUGCCCACGGUCGUCAAGACGCUCGGGUUCAACUCCACCGUCACGUUGGUUCUGACCUGUCCGCCCUACCUCAUUGCCACCUUCACCUCGAUCGCGGUGUCGUGGUCCUCGGGCCGCUUCAACGAACGCACCUGGCACGUCACGGUCUCGAAGGCACUCGCGAUUGUCGGGUUCGCAGUCGCCUGCGGAACACUGAACGUGGGCGCGCGCUACUUCGCCAUGGUUCUCUUCGUGGGCGCCACGUACGGCGUCAAUAACAUCAACAUUGCCUGGGUAGCCGCGACGGUGGGGCAAACGGACGAGAAAAAAGCGGUGGCUAUCGCGUUGACGAAUACGCUCGGGAACCUGGCGAGUGUGUACACGCCGUAUCUGUGGCCGGAUUCGGACGCGCCGAGGUUCUCGCUGGCCAUGUACUGCAGUAUUGGUUUCUCGGCGGGCGUGGUGGUCUGCGCGUGGAUUAUGAAGUUUAUCUUGAUCAGGGAGAAUCGGCGUAUCCGGGCGAUGGAUUCGGAGGCGAUUAACUUCUAUGCGUAUUAG